AUGAAAAUACAAAAUAAAGGAAAAACCAACUGUGACAGUAGGGAUAUGGAAGCCAGUACCCUUCAGAACCGUCGUGAUGUUUCGCUUACAGUGGAUGUUGAUGAAGCAAGUGGCGCCACUCCAUUGAAUGGAACCACAAGAAUGGCUACAAAUAAGGACGACGAGAUCUGCAGCAAACCAAACCAAAAAAUAUCUUCUACCAGAGAAAAUAUAAUCGGAGACGUUAGCUGCCUUUUUAGAGCGGAAAGCUUGCACAUGUAUGGGCAUCAAGAUUCUCAUGAUCGGCUGAGACAAGAUGUCGUCAAAUAUAUACGAAGAAACUGGAAAAACCUGGUUCAUGUUGAAGACAGGCUAAAAAGUGCUAGUGAAUAUUGCACAAAUAUGAGUAAGACGACAACAUUUGAAACAAUCCUGGAAAUACUGGCACUUGUAGAAACACAGAAAACAACAUUCAAAAUAUAUUCCUCUGAAUCACAACCAACAACACGAAUAUUCAGCACAAAAAAUACUCCAAAAUUGAAAAGUAAAGGAAAUUAUAAAAAGAUCAUUCACUUACUAUUAAUUGGAGAUCACCUUGCAGGCUCAAAAUGGCCUUUAAAACCUGUCAUUGCAAAGAACGAUAAUGAUAUUGAAGCUGUGGAUUUUCUAAGUGAGCAUGAACUUGCAGAAAAUAAUGAACAAAAAGGUGAAGCGGCCAAAAUGAUCCAGUAUCAGGAAAAUGAAUCGGAGCCACCUGAUUCUGUAUCAAACACAAAAGAAAACGGUGGCUCAGAAAGCACAAUAGUGGUAGGAUCGGUAUCGGAGAAUCAGAGGAUUGAUGAUGUGUUAUUGAAUACUCAGGAAAUGUUAAACAAGGCACUUCAGGAAAACUUAACACCAAAACUUCUAAAAAAUCUUGAGGAAUAUCAACAUGUACCUCCUGAAAAUAGACCAAAACUGCGCAGAUUAAGAUGUAACAAACGAAUGUCUAUUAUUGAAAUAUUCCUCCCUAGCGGCCCUGACGAGUCUAUUAGGGGACACACGGUAAUUUCUACAGUUACUUAUAAAAUUGACAUCAACAGUCAAUCUCCUAAUCAAGUUGAAGCAGCAGAGGAUUCGGCAAGAAAUUCUGAAGCCCGCUGUGUACGAUGGCCUGCGUGCCUUAGUUUUAAUGCUUUACAAAGGAAAAGCGAUAUUGACCGCAUCAAGAAGAACAAAAUCAGCGGACCAGCAGAAGAGAGGCUACCUUGUUGUUACUAUAUGCUCUCCCAGAUUUAUUUAAGCUUGUCUCGUACAAGUGCACUACAAAUUUCCAAAGAAAUUGUGGCUGUAAGAAAGCAGGGCUGA